AUGGUGUGCGUUAGCCUCCAUGCGGUAGGUGUGCUAUCUUGGGAGGAGGAGCUUUCUACUCUGCCCCAAGGUCGGUCCGCUGCGACGCCGUACUCAACCGGACGCCGAGACCCCCAUGGCAUGGGCCCCCCCCCCCUAGAUGAGAGGCUAUGCAGAUCUGGAGACCGUUCCCCCAGUGCAGCGGGCCCGAGCAGAGGCGGCGUUGCCACCCGGGCGGACAAGAGCCCCCUGAAAAGAAUUUGGUAUCCUCUUGGACACGUCACGUCAGGUCUGGUUCAAUGGACCAGGGCAUGGGACUAUGAAUGGAGACCCUCCUAUCAUCGUAUUGAUAACGGCGUCAAUCAACUGUCGCUAGCAGACCUUACGGGACAGAACAGCAAUGACAGCUCCAGCGGUGGGGGCCCCGCCCCCGGGACCCCCAAUAGCGGGGGAAUGAGGCCUACCCCCUCGCCCACGGGGUCUACUGGUUCUAGGUCUAUGUCACCUGCCGUCGGUGGCAAGCUGCCAGUCUCUGAGGUCAAUUCGAAGAGUCAACGAGAAUAG